AUGCCUUCGUCCCCGAAAGCAGAGUCGGGGCAGGCAAAAGAUAUGGCGGAUCGAGAGUCAACGGUCCGACGCAAUCCACAUCCUGAUUUCGACAAAGUACAAGCAUCUCGACCGGACUGGGACGAGGCCGAAUCUUUCCACUUCACCAAGACUAGGGAUCCAAAUUGGCAAUAUGGAUCCGGCGCGACCAGGAAGUCGUCUGCCAAGCAUGUAGAGAUUGACCCCAGCGACACGAGCCGGCCACCUGUCUUCAACUAUAAACUCCUCAUCUCCGGCAUUAUUCCUCGACCGAUCGGAUUCGUGUCGACCUGCUCGCCCGACGGCAGCUCGACCAAUCUAGCACCUUUCAGCUACUUCAAUUUUGUGAACCACGAUCCACCAGUUUUCAUAUUAGGCUUCAACGGCGGCAUUUCGGCAGCCAAAGAUACGCUCGACAACCUACUCAAGACAGGGGAGUGCUGCAUCAACAUCAUCUCCGAAGACUUCGUUGAGGCGGCAAAUGCCUGCGCGAUCGAUCUGCCGUACGGUCAGUCGGAGUGGAGUGUCAGCGGUCUCACGCCAGCAGAUACAUCGAUCGUCAAGCCGAAGCGGGUUCUGGAGAGUGUGUUCAGUAUCGAGGGGAAGCUCAUGAACACACAGGAGUUUGAGAGCAAGCGGGAGAAGGGCAAGACCACAGGGACAUUGGCGGUAGUUGAGGGGUUGAAGUUUUGGGUUAGGGAGGACGCCAUCAACGAGGACAGGAAUCUGAUUGAUCCCGCUGUGUUGCGACCAAUAGCGAGACUGGGUGGCAUCAGCUAUGCGAGGGUCACGGAUGGUUUCGAGAUACCGCGGCCAGUUCUCAAGGAGGAGGUGAAGAAAGGGAAGCUAGACGAGGGCAUUGUGAAGCCCAAGGUUGAUGGACAGUGA